AUGUCGGGUGAAUAUUUGAUGAAGACCGACCAAUCGGGGCAAAGUGGGCAAUCGGGUCUCGGUACCCCAGAUUUACAGGAUAACCGUGUUCCUCCAGCUUCCAACGUUAGUUCGCCAACACCAACCUCGGUAUCGCCCGGAUCGGACUCUGGCAAGGACGGAAGAAAGAAAAGACGCAAAGUGGCCAUUGCCUGUGUCUUCUGCAGGAGGUCGCAUAUGAUAUGCGAUAGUGCUCGUCCUUGUUCUAGAUGUGUUAAGAGAAAGAUCGGACACCUGUGUCAUUACGAGCCUGCCAGCUUCAAGCAGGAGAAACAGCUUUCGAAGCUGAAACCAGAAGAUUCACUUUUCAGCGAUAAUAGAAGCCCGUACCCUGCAGUGACGUCUGCUAGCAACGCAGGCUCGCCGACUGUGGUUUCGCAUAAUACCUCAUCCAACACUCCGCUGGAUAGAGGCUUUGCGGAGUUGGAGUACAGUUUUGGAAAUGGUACGAAUAAUGGCCUGGGUACGGGCUAUCGUCAAGAUGGAGGCCAACAGGCCCAGCUGGGUUAUGGUGAGUUUCAGGAACCAUUUACCAAUAAGACCAACAGUGUUGGAUCUCUCAACCAACAGCCUUUCUUCUUCUCCGAGCACGCAGGUAGCGAGUUCAGUUCUUUGAACGAGUUCCUUUCCAUGAUUGAUGAUUCUGAUAUGAUCAAUACCUUGAAUUAUAACGACGAUCCGGCUUUGCAAAACUUGGACGGUGUUUCUCAAAUCAGUGCCUUGAACUCUGUCACCAAUCUUCAAGCUCAAGCCCCCAAAAAUGGAUUUUCCAAUGGCCAGUCACAACAGUCAACUCCAUCGAUGUUCAGUGGCAUCAAUAUGCCCUCCCUUUCUGCGCAGAUAUCUUCUUUCCCAUCUACGGAUGCGGUUCCACAGAUCAGCGCGACGCCAGAAAGACCAGCCCCCAAGACCGAACGGGCCAAAUCUACUUCACAGCAACAGCAACCAGUCAUCUCAGACAGCGCGCGUGAUAAGUUCUUCCUGACUGCUGCUGAUCCUACGACGGAGAUUUCACCCGAAGAACGACUGAAACAGGUGAUCAAGGCCAAAUUGGAUGCCGGCCUUUUGAAGCCUUACAACUACGCAAAGGGAUAUGCGAGAUUACAAACAUACAUGGACACGUAUAUGAAUGCUUCGUCCAGGCAGCGAAUCCUAAAACCUCUCUCUACGUUCAGACCAGGCUUUCGAGCCGUUGCAAAGACAUUGAAGGAUAUAGACCUGAUUCUGGUGGAGGAGAACUUUGAGAGAAUGUUACUUGACUAUGACAGAGUGUUCACCUCCAUGGCAAUUCCAGCAUGUCUUUGGCGUAGAACUGGCGAGAUUUACCGAGGGAACAAAGAGUUUGCUUCCCUGGUGGAAGUGUCCAUCGAUGAUCUCAAAAAUGGCAAAUUAACUAUCUACGAGGUGAUGACCGAAGAAAGUAGUGUCAACUUCUGGGAGAAGUACGGGUCAAUUGCGUUCGACAAAACACAGAAGGCUGUGCUGACGAGUUGCAAUUUGCGAACGAGAGAUGGAAGAAAAAGGAAAAGUUGUUGCUUCAGUUUCACCAUUAGGAGGGAUCGCUACAAUAUUCCAAGCUGCAUUGUGGGAAAUUUCAUUCCGGUGUCACAGUAA